AUGGAAGACGAAAUUGUUGCCGUUGUCAUAGAUAAUGGGUCCGGUAUGUGCAAAGUUGGCUUUGCAGGAAAUGAUGCUCCAAAUGCUGUGUUCCCCUCCAUUGUUGGAUGCCCCAGACAUCAGGGUGUAAUGAUUGGUAUAAGCCACAAAGACAGCUUUGUGGGUGACGAGGCACAGAACAAAAGAGGAAUCCUGACUCUCAAGUACCCCAUUGAGCACGGUAUUGUUACCAACUGGGAUGACAUGGAGAUGCUCUGGCAUCACAUGUUUUACAAUGAGCUGAGAGUUGCCCCUGAGGAGCACCCAGUCCUCCUCACAGAGGCCCCCCUGAACCCCAAGAUAAACAGGGAAAGGAUGGCACAG